AUGUUGAGUACGGGCACGACGUGGUUGGUGUGCGUGCUGCCGUUGGCUCCGUUAGCAUAUUUGCUGUUCGGUUGGCUAUUGUUGGUGGUCGGAGGCGUCAAGCAGAACGAGUCUGCGGUUCGGAGGGGGGUGCCAGGUGAUGUUGAAGACAGCUUGGAUAGUCCCUUGAUUGCCUCGGCAGAAGACGACGACGAUCUGUCCCCGGCUUCCUCGGCGGGAGAGGGGGUCCGUGUGCGCGACGGGUUCCGGUCUUUCGGGAAGGUGGCUGCUGUGGAGAAGACGCCGUUUGCGAUUUGGCGACAAGCGAUGGCUGGGUUCAUGGUACUGGUAUCCUUGUCGUCGGCGGUGGCGUUACUGAUCGGUAGCGAGAAGUACGAGAGCCAGCCGAUGAAGGAUACGUUCGGUUUGUUUUCAGUCGCCGCUUCGGGACUGGGGGCCAUAGAGUUUUACAGACGUGAGUGCAACCGGUCUGCCUACACGGUGGAGAUGCGUGGAGGUCGGCGAGUAGCACGGGAAUGGAUAAUGCUGGGGUUUUGGUUGCUGAUGCUGGCGUGUUUAUUGGUUCAUAUGGCGGUCGUGGCGAAGAACUUCGACAAGUCGAUAAACCCGACUUUGACAGUCUUUGAAUUGAUCGUGGACAGUGUGUGUAUAUUGACCUCUCUCGUGGCGCUAUAUUUGUUUGUGCGCGAGAACCGGGUUCGCGAGGAUUUGCGCAGCGCCCUCAACGACAGUUUCGACGACGACCUUCGCUACGUAGCGCCUCCGACGAAGAAGCCUCAGUGUCCGCAGGCCACAGCAAACCUCUUUUCCACAUUGACCUUUACGUGGCUGGAAAGGCUGAUACGGCAGGGCCGCAAGAACAAGCUCCUACAAGACGAUAUCUACCGGCUGCGGGACGACGAGCGAGGUUAUGUUGUUUUCUCAAGAUUCGACCAUCUUUGGAAGCGGCAUAUCAACCUUCGUCAUCGCACUGAGCGCGGUGGCUCCCGUCAAGAGGGCGGCGGUGGCGCCGGCCAAGAGGGCGGCGGCGGCGGCGGUACCCCUGAGCGAGACAAUGACUCGACACAGCGAGUUGGAUCGGCCGAGCGAGUUGGAUCGGCCGAGAGCGUGGGAAGUAGUGUGUCGUUGGAUGACGGUACGGAGAUAGCGCGAGUAGCUGCUGGACAGAACAUUUGGAAGUUUGCUCACGUUGUAGCACGUUUUCUGAUGCCGAGUUUCUUCUUUGCUGCUUUACUGAAGUUGGCGAACGAUUCGUUGAAUUUGCUGGACGUACAGAUCUUGAAUUUGGUGGUGGAGUACAUGUCAAGUGAGGAUAGCAAGUCGCGGGGUUUGUUCCUGGUGCUGUUGUUGGCGAUUGAUGCGGUAUCGGAGACGAUGAUUCUGCACCAGUACUUCAACAUUAUGAUGGUUUGUGGUGUGCGUAUCAGAUCGGCGAUCGGUACGGCUGUGUAUGUGAAAGCGUUGAAGGUGGAUUCGAGCAAGUUGUCGGUGGCUGAAUCACAGGAGUUUACAUCUGGUAAGACUAUAAACUUGAUGUCAACGGAUGCCCAGCGUAUGGGCGACUUGAUGGGUUACGUUCAGGUAUUAUGGUUCGCUCCGUAUCAGAUCGUGAUUAUUGCGGUGAUGUUGUACAAGCAGCUGGGUCCAUCGUCCUUCGGUGGCAUUGCGGUCAUGGCGCUGUCUAUCCCCUUCACUUCUUUGAUCACCAGACGCACGAAAAAGCUGCAGAAGCAAGUCAUGGCUCUCAAAGAUGAAAGACUUAGAGCUACGAACGAAACCAUCCAGGGAAUCCGCGCAGUGAAGGUCUAUGCAUGGGAAGACCCCAUGAGAGAGCUGAUUCACAGCAUCCGGACUAAGGAACUUACUCAACUUAUGUAUACCCAGAUCAACAUGUUGUGUGCCAGGUUUUUCGUUUCCGCCAUUCCGGUCCUGGUAGCCAUUGUCAGUUUCAGUAUCUUCUCCGCGGCUCUACACCAUGAACUGACUCCCGCAAUUGCAUUCACCUCGCUGGCUCUGUUCGACCGAUUACGGUUCCCUCUAUUCAUGCUACCGAAUGUCAUCAUGUCCCUGGCGGAGACAAUAGUGACAAUGCGAAGACUGCAAAAGUUCUUUGCGCUCCCCGAGCUCACUAAGCGACCUGCUCUGCCACUGGAUCCGGAUACACAAGUGGGCGUAUCCUGCGUGAACUUGUCGGUAGCAUUCGACCGGAUCAAGACUCAAAAGAGCAAUGAUGGCAAAACUGGCGAGAGUGAGCUUGGUAAGGGUGAUGGCAGGGUGGCUGCGAGUGGUAUGAAAGCCGGUAGCUUCUCGGACGGCAAAUUGUUCAUCAACUCUCGCUCCAUUAGUAGCAGUGGUGGAAGCAUUGGUAGUUCUGAUGAGGACCCCGACGUCCCAGGUGUGCAAAAGACAAUAUUGUUCCGCCACCUGAAUAUGGAGGUGUGCAUGGGCGAGAUGGUAGCACUGGUGGGCCGUACUGGAUGUGGUAAAUCGAUAUUAUUCCAGGCAAUCCUUUCUGAGUUAGAAUGUACGGAUGGAAGUGUAAGUCUCCAUGGUAAUGUAGCCUUAUGUACUCAAACCGCGUGGAUCCGUUCGGGAAGUGUUCGCGAAAACAUUUUAGUUGGGCGUCCUUACCAUGCGGGAUGGUAUCAGAAGGUUGUAAAAGCGUGUGCGCUCGAAUCGGAUUUUGCGAUUUUGACCGACGGAGACUUGACAGAAAUUGGAGAAAGAGGAGUCAAUUUGUCGGGUGGUCAGAAGCAACGAAUUGCGCUAGCCAGAGCGGUGUACUUUGAUGCGGAUGUGUACUUGCUUGAUGACAUAUUGAGUGCGGUCGAUACGCAUGUUGCAGCACAUAUCUAUAGACACGUUAUUCGUGGUGUGCUCAAGGAUAAGGCUAUCAUUCUCGCCACGCAUCGAUUCGAAUGCUUGGGAGCAGCCUCAAAAAUCGUCAUGCUUAGACCAGGACUGGAUCCUCUGGAGUUCCCUAACCUUGCAGAAGCCAGUAUGCACCCCGUUUUCAAGGCUCUCGCAGACGAAGAAACUCCUGCGACGCAGGAUGCUCAAGAGGCUGACAACGACGCCGCCACCCCUGCCAGACGUGCUGGGGAACGUAGCAACAGCAUUUUACACGGUUCUAUUUCAGCCCGUUCCGUCUCUCAUUCUCCAUCUCGUUCGCCGUCCGGAAUGCUAGAAGGUUUGACUGAAGAGGCGCUGCGAACUCCGCGAACUUCCAAUUCGAUUUUGGCCGCUUCAAUACGCGAGUCUUCGGUCUCCGUGGAGUUGAGUUCCUUACAGGUAGAAGAGCUGGAACCAAAUCUAAAGGAGGACGCUAGGGAGUCGGUCAAGCCGAAGACGUUGGUGGAGCAGGAGAUGAUGAAGGAGGGUAAGGUGGGUCGUGAGGUGUACUUGGCGUACAUGCGUGCAGGCGGUGGCUACUGGGCGUUUUGUACGAUGUGCUUGUUGAUAGCCUUGUCAUACACGGCCUCAGUGGGGUGCAACUUUUGGUUGUCCCACUGGUCAGACGAAGUGGCGACAGUACCGCUCCGUACAGGUCUUGGAGCAUACGGAGGACUGCAAGCCGGAUACCUGUUGUUUACCAUUUGCGGGAACAUGAUGGUGGUGUACGUUUCCCAGACCGCCGCGCGUGUGUUCCACGACCGGAUGUUGUACCGCGUCUUGCACGCUACCGUUCACUUCUUCGAGACGAAUCCGAUUGGGCGGUUGAGCAAUAAGUUUUCGAAGGACCUGUACACCAUUGACGAGUCCCUAGCCAUGACUAUGUACUCCUUCUUGGUGAUGGCGGCACAAGUAGCUGGUGUAAUUGUGGCGAUCGCCAUCGUAAUACCGGUCAUGAUUGCAGUGAUUGUGCCAACGCUGGGUGUGUACGUAUUGAUCGAGCGGUUGUACGUGUCGGUGGCGCGGCAGUUCAAGCGCAUCGACAGCGUCUCGCGCUCUCCCGUGUUCACUCACUUUGCGGAAAGCCUCGAUGGUGCGAAGACCAUUCGAGCGAUGCGCGCGACCAGCCAAUUUUUGGGCAUCCACCUCAAAUGGCUGGACGAGAACCUCAGCGCCGCCUAUGUCUACGUAGCCAGCAACCGCUGGCUAGCGGUCCGACUCGAGAGCCUUGGCACCCUGAUCGUGGUCUGCGUGGGUCUGUUUUGUGUGUUGCUGCGCUCCCAACUCAGUGGCGGCAAGGCCGGCUUAGCGCUCAGUUACGCCAUCAACGUGACGGGCGCCUUGAAUUGGCUAGUGCGGAUGUCCGGUGACCGUGAGACGGACAUCAUUGCCGUCGAACGCGUGCUAGAGUACGACGAUGACGAAGCCUGUCCACAGGAAGACUAUGGCUCCAAAACGUUAGAAAACCCGAGGGGCUCCCUCAGGCGGCGUCUGAGCCGUCGGAAAGGCAGCAGUGUGCGCGGUGGAAGCAGUGUGCGAAGCACCUCUUUUAUUGAGCCGGACCUGGCGUUGGCUGACCUCGACCCGGCUUAUUUGGGCAUGGUAGAGUUCAAGUCGGUCGCGCUUCGGUACCGUCCGGAGCUGCCAUUUGCACUGAAGAACGUGAGCUUCAGCAUUGCGCGCGGCGAGAAGGUGGGUAUUGUUGGUCGUACGGGGGCGGGCAAGAGUUCUUUGUUAGUAUGUCUGUUGCGUAUGGUCGAGAUCACUCAGGGCGAAAUUUUUGUCCACGGCCGGAACAUUCUGGACUAUCCAGUGGACGGACUGCGGAAUGAGCUAUCUAUUAUUCCCCAAGACCCUGUCAUAUUCACAGGCACCAUUCGCUCCAAUCUCGACCCCUUCAACAGAGCCGAUGACCAGACCCUCUGGGAGGUUUUGGAGAAAGCGUGCCUCAGAUCCUUCGUGGAAAGCUUACCCGACGGACUCGACUAUCACGUCACAGAAAACGGCCAGAACAUUUCUGUGGGACAGAAACAACUCCUCUGCCUUGCGAGAGUCCUAAUCAAGAAGGCCCAGAUACUCCUGCUCGAUGAAGCCACCAGUGCGGUCGACCCGCAAACGGACGCUCUUAUUCAGCAGUGUUUAAGGACAGAGUUUAAGGACACUACGGUCCUUACCAUCGCUCACCGACUCAAGACCGUAGUCGACUACGACCGCAUCAUUGUCAUGGCCGACGGAGACAUCUUCGAACAAGGAAACCCGCAACAACUUCUCGACGACCCCUCCUCCCAAUUCCACGACAUGUACUACACAACAGACUAA